AUGAAUCCUAACAAUACUAAUUCAAACAAUGAUCAACAAUUUCCUACUAAUGUACCACGAAAAAAAUGUCAUGGUAAUCGACGUAAUCAACGUUUUCGAAGAAAAUGUCGUGCAAAAGGCAUGAAACCAAAAAUCAUAGAAAAGUUACUUAUGAAACGACGUCAAGCGGAAAACCAAAAUCAUAAUAAUACAAAUCAUACGAAUAUGCAAACAACAGAAUCUAACCAACACACAACUGAUAUUAAUAAUUCUUCGAAAUCGACGUCCAUCAAUCCAAAUAAACGUAAAAGAGACAUCACGUCACAAGAAUUAAAAUCCAAUUCAACAUUAGUACGAUCAACAAGUCAAUCAUCUACUUGUCAACCAUUAUCGAAAAAAAUCAAGGAAAAAAAUAAAACAAUACUUAAUUCUUCAAUACAAAGUGAUAACAAUACUAACAAUAGAAAAUAUCGGUUGGUUAACAGACGACUGAUGUAUUUGAAACGAUUAUUACCGAGAUUUUUUAAACGGCUCAGUAAAUUAAUAGACUAUCCAUUGAAGGGCAAAGUUAUACGAGAUUUUCUUUGUGCACGACUCGAGUUAUUCGACCAACAAUAUUGUUUAACAGUUGAUCAACAAUUAUGGCAAUCAUAUCUAAAGAUUGGUUUAGAAUAUCGUCUAUGGCCGAAUCAACUAUAUAACAUGACAAAGACGACUGAUUUUGAACUCUGUCGACAAUAUGUUAUCAAUUAUAUAAAAGAAAUCGAUCAUGAACUCAAUUCGUGUCAAAUGAAACUAAAAGAAGAAACACAAUCAUGUCCAGUUGCAACAUUACCCUUAGAACAAAUUGAUUCACAUAUGAAAGAAUUCGUUGAAAAAGAACGACAAUAUGUAACAUUAAGAAAUAAUGAUCAAUUAACUAAAUUCAAAGAUGAUCUACAAACACAACAAUUGUUUCAAACUAUAAGUCAAUAUCAUUUGACAUUUGACCAUAUGGACUAUCUGAAUAAAUUAAUGGCAAUCCGAAAUCUACAAGGAGAAAUUUGGGACGAACUUCUGAUACUGUACAUGCGAGUACUAUGUAAUUUUUUAUCACCAAACUUUAAUGAAUUAGAACAAUUUAUUUCACCUAAUAUUUAUUCGCCCAUCAUUCAGAAUAGAAUUGCAAUUCAAGUGAAGAAUAAUCGUAUGAAAAUCAUUAAAGAAGCAAAACGUAUAUGGCUUAAUAUUGCUCUCAAAGCCUAUGAAGUUAAACUACAAGAAUAUGAUCAACAAUAUCAAUCUAUAUGGUCUGAAUUAAAAUCACUCUUAUUCAAUGAUACAACUAUCAAUGGCAGCGCCAUUUUCAAUCAUCUAAACGAAUAUAUGACUUCUCAAACGACAAAAUUAAAAAGUGAUAUUCGACGUAAUGUGGCAUCUUAUCGAUACGUAUUACUUCAAAAUCGUCAACGUUCAGUAUCUUCAAAGAAUACCAUUCGUGUCUCUCCUGAACCAUAUCUUGAUUUACUGAAAAAUCCAUUUAAUGAACGUGAAUGGAAUUAUCUUUGUCUUGGUUAUAAAUUUAUCUUUUUUCGUUCAAAGAAAUUUCCAUUGUCUUUCUUACUUUUAGGCCCAUCUUUUAUACGAUUAAAUCAAAGUGCCAUUCGUCCUGUAGAAGAACAAGAAGCUGAAAUUAAAAAUGAGCAUGAAGAAAUUACGAAAAAAGUUCAAGGUCAUCUUAAUCAAUAUCAUCAUAUUCCACCAAAAUCAUCUAUUUUGAAAGAGUAUUCCAAUGAAGUUUUCGAUCAUUUUAAUCGAUCUUAUUUUACUCCAUUAUCAUCCAAAGAACAAAUUGAAGCGUUCGAACAAGCGCAAAUGACUGCAUCCAUUCGAGAAAAACUCAAGAAAAAUAAUCUCAUUCUUCGUCUUACUGAUAAGGGUAAUAAUUUUUAUGUUGGUUCAGCUGGUGAAUUCGAACAGAAAGGCGAAAAAUUUUUUCAAGAAACAAAUGCUUUUAUUGAAAUUUCAAUAAAUCCACUCAAUCAAAUUCAAGAUCAAGUUAUUCAAUUACUCAAUCGAUUACGUUCAAAACGACUUAUUCUGGAAUGGCAAUAUAAAAAAAUGAUGCCUGAUCGAAACAACUCUGAGCUAGCACAUUUGUAUUUUAAUCCAAAAACUCAUAAGGAAGAUAUACCAGUUCGACCCAUUGAAAGUACCAUUCAUUCUUCAACCAGAAAUAUAUCACAAUUUUUAGAUACAAUUAUACGGCCUAUAUUUGAUGAUAAAUGUGCUUCAACAACUAUUAUCGAUGGAACUUCUUUAAUCAAAGAAUUGCUUAAGUAUAUCAAAAAAGGUCUCUUCAAAUCAACAACACUUUUUUGUACAUUUGAUAUUCGUAAUUUAUAUACAAUGUUACCACAAGAAGAAGCACUUGAUAUUUUGGUUGAAUUUCUUCAAUUCUAUGGAUACACGAAAGUCAAAGGCAUUGAUCUUAAAACAAUUCGUGAAUUAGCUGCUAUUAUCUUAAAAGAAAAUGUUUUCGUGUAUGGCAACAAAAUUUACCAACAAGUACUUGGUGGCGCUAUGGGUUCAUCAUUUACAUUGAGCUUAGCAAAUAUAUUCAUGUGGAAAUGGCAAAAAGACCUCGUUCGACGACAAGACAUGACAGGCGAAUUUUACGGUCGAUAUAUUGAUGAUAUAUUUAUGACCUGGAAUAAAUCAGAAGAAACAUUGCAAGAUUUAUUACAUCAGGCUAAUACUUGGCAUCCGAAUAUUAAAUUAGAAUAUAAAAUCGGUAAAAAUCUUCCAUUUCUUGAUGUUUUUUUUACCAACAAUAAUGGUAUUCUAACAACAUCGGUAUACCAUAAGCCAGCAGCAGAACCUUAUGUUGUACCAUUCCUAUCUGAUCAUCCUCGACAUGUCUUCGUCAACGUUAUACAAACUAGUCUAGCACGUGCUGCACGAUACUCAUCUACAUUGGAAAUCUUCAAUAAUGAACGUCGCUGCAUACAAUUAUCGCUACUUUACAAUGGGUGA